AGCGACAAGGAUGCGCGUGUGUGAGCGCAGGCCGCAGAGUCAAUCAUUUGGUGCACACACCAACGCGUCCAGGUUGCUAGGUUUCAGGGGCAAAUCACGGAACAGCUGGACACAAUUCGCUUCUGCGUUUAGUGACUUGAGUUAGGAAUCCAUAGCAGUUUUACCUCGCCUUGCACGAGAAAUGGCAGAGAAUGUUGGAAGGGAAACGCCACCGAUUUACAGCGAGGAAACCAAGACUGCGGGACAACCGCUGUCGGAUUUCCUGUUGCAACUGGAGGAUUACACGCCAACGAUACCUGAUUCCAUCACCGAGCAUUACUUGCACACAGCUGGUUUCAACGCUACCGAUCCUAGGAUAGUACGCCUGGUGUCCUUGGCAGCGCAAAAGUUUAUCUCAGAAAUUGCCAACGAUGCGCUACAGCAUUGCAAGACACGCGGCGCUAAUCAGAAUUCAAAAACAAAGGGAAAAGACCGACGUUAUACUCUUACUAUGGAAGAUCUGACACCAGCGGUUGCGGAAUAUGGCAUAAUAGUGAAAAAACCACAUUAUUUCGUUUGAUCGCUUUACAAUUUGAUACGUGCACUUUGUUAAAUCACAUCGAUGCAAUUAACAAUAUGGAAAUGCAUCUUGGAAGAGUCUGAGCUAAAGUCUAUCUUGAAUAAAAAUGAUAUAUUGUUAUGUAAAGAAAAGGAGUUCAGGACUACGUAUGUUUUAAUUUGAAUGCAAUAAAUAUAAAUAUCUUAUUAAUGUAGUAAUAUUAAUAAUAUACUUGUAUUAAUAAAACAUGUAUGUAUAAAAUAUCUAAACAGUUCUACUUUGUUAAGAACAACGCUAUUGUAUGAGUAAGUCUAAACGUUAUAGUUUCGUGUAAUUAUAAUGCAUGGUUACGUGGAUAUACAUCUUAUUAUAUCAUUGUAUCAUUGUGCUAGUGUUUUUGUAAGAAAUUAAAAAGUAAAUUCAAUAAAAUGUCGACAAUGCAAUAAAA